CCUGCAGAAGCACAUCGAGAAUGUACGAGUAUCAAUUGUAGGUGUAGGUACAAGAGGUUUUAUUGGUAACAAGGCAAGUGACAAAUUUGGUGCUUUUUCCUUUAUUAUUCAUGCAGCUUAUACUUUAAUAAUAACUGUAUCACACACAGUACAAAAAAAAAACUGUAUCACACUUGGAAACUUAGGAUGCUGCUUUUCCAUGUUAAAUGCUGACAUCCAUUUUUGAAUUAAACAAUAAUUUUAAAUAUUUCUUCCGAGAACAGGAGUUUUUUUUAGCGAAUGGAGAACUGGAGUUUAAAAAUGCAUGUUUUUGGUACUACAAUACUUUCAAAAAUAGUGAAAAGACAAGCAGAAAAAGACAAGUAGAGUUUUUUUUUUUGUACCGAGGGGCAAUUAUCAUUUUGAAACGUUUUAUUUCCUUAAGUUUUAAGAAGUAUCUGCUUACUAUUGUAUUCACCAUGGAUAUACUUGUUUGCUGUAAAUACAGCACAUACUCACAUAUGUUCCUGCAAUAUGCUUCAGGGAUCAGUAUCAGUCAGCAUGUCUAUACAUGAAACUCAUGUUUGCUUUGUAUGUUGCCACUUGGCUGCUGGUGAAAAAAAUGGGGAUGAACUAAAGAGGAAUAGAAAUGUUGAAGAAAUCCACAGAAGAACAGUGUUUGGUAACCCAGUUCAUAGAGUAGGCGUGCCCCAGAAAAUACAUGACCAUGAAAGGAUUAUAUGGUUAGGGGAUCUCAAUUAUCGCCUCAACUUAUCAUAUGAAAGGACACACGAAAAACUUAUCUCCAAACAGGACUGGGAUGGAUUGUUCGAGAAGGAUCAGCUGAAAAAAAAACUAGGGAAAGGAUGCACAUUCGAUGGUUGGGUUGAAGGAGCUAUCAGCUUUCCCCCAACAUACAAAUACGAGUUUAACUCAGAAAAAUAUGUAAGUGAUGCGACAAAAUCUGGGAGAAGAACACCUGCCUGCAUGGUGUGACCGCAUUCUCUCAUAUGGGAAGGGAACCAAGCUACUUUCUUACAAGAGGGCGGAGCUUACAUUUUCUGAUCAUCGUCCUGUGACUGCAGUCUACAUGGCAGUUGUUGAAGUUUUUGUCCAUAGGAAGUUUCAGAGAGCUCUAACAUUGACCCGUACAAAGGUUGAUGAUCGCCUAUUAAUGGGAAAGGAAGCACUUCUAGAACCAUUGAACCAUGAGACAGGCAAUUUCCCAGCUCAAGUUCCAUCCAAGGUGAUGGCAAUGCAAUGCCAGAUCACAGAAUCCGCGUGAGAAGGUUCAAUUGUAUUUCUUAUUUGACCAAGAACAUCAUUCAUUAUGUGAGACCGGGAGUUGUGUCUAUGAGACCAUGAUUAUGGACCCUUAUCUAGCCAUAGCAUCCUUGCUAGUAUGAUGUCACUAGUUGGAAUAAACACUCAUGUAAGAUCGAUCAAGUCAUACACCAAGUUCUCGAGUACAGUAUUUUGUUUCUCCUUCUA